AUGGGUUUAGGGCGUUAGGAUAAUAUCAAACACGAACUUUUUCCAUUAAACUUACUGUAGUUUUUCUCGUUGAAAAUAGUGGAAAUUUAUAUGUGCCAAGUUCAUUUUAUUGCCAAAAGAAACGAAAAACCCUAAAGAACCCCCUUGUCCUACAUUCUGAAUUGGGUAAACAGUAAGAGGAACUCAAGUAGUUGCACUUGGAUAUUAUACUUUUCUCAAAAAAAACGUCUUUUUUUCCAGACUCUGCCUUCCUUCUCGUCGAACCCUCGUUCCUUUUGGUGGAAGAAGACUGGCCAGUGGGCACUCAUCUACCAGUUACACUAUGCCCCAAAAAUGUCAAGGUUUGGAGAGAUAAGGAUGGAUAAAACUUGCAGAAAACAGUUUCAGAUUCUGUCCGGUGACCCUUCCAACUAUUUCAGUGUGGUCAAAAUCAACGACACUUGCUCCACACUUCAAUUGAACUUGGCUUUUGAUGCGGAUGUAAGUUAGGAUUUCUGUAUCUUCGUGCCACGUACAACGCACCGAAUCUUACCCAAAUAUUAUCAAAAGUUUAGCAACCUUCUCCCUAAAUCUAGCCGUUCCGUCUGUCGCGGAGGCCCGGAAUGUUUUGCGUGCGGCUUAACUUUUCCGCGCGCAGAUUUCGCGCAUCACUGCCGACAGUCUCUGCUUCUGCGGCCGUCUCCGCGCCCUCUCGCACUAUUUCGGCGGUCCGUCACAGUAGUUCUAGUCCGUUUAUACUUUCUUUGCUAAUCACCUGGAAACAGACCGUAAAAGCCAACACGUAUCGGUAGCGGUUUUUGGGUGUGUGUCAGGAAAAGGGAUUAGGAGAGGUGGGUGAGGUAUCACGUGUUUCGGUGCCUCGGUGUCAGUUUUGGGUUGGAAUGGAUUCAGAGAUGUUGUUCGUCCACACUUUUAUGUUCACACUUUCCAAUAAGUCUAAUGCGAUUAGUCGGAAUGGUGGGAAUCAUCCAUUAUCAUCGUCAGAAUAACAGGGACGGAUUCUGAAUCAAAUCUGAGAAUCGCUAAGUAAAUCCACAUGAAUCAUUGAUUAUGUAUCCGUUUCUAUUCAUUUAUUCAUCCUGCUCUUCAAUUCACGGUGGUCUGGGGUCAUUAACUUUUGAUUUUGGUGGGGGAGGAAGCUUCUAAUUGUACCCAAAUCCUUCGCCUCUUCAAUUAUUAAUUGACCACUGGCCCGGAACUUUUAAAGAGUAAAAGGGUCUUCUCCGGCGAAAGUGCGAAGAAGAAAAGGCACUGAACUGUAAAGUACAGUACCUUUUCCAACGGUUCUCCCAUUUUAAUCCAGUUCUUCGUGACGUUCGUGACCGUCGGCUCACCGCCUGCUACCGUAAUCCGUUUCCCCCGGUAGCCCGGCAGAAAAGUGUGAACUUUUGUCUUGUUUUGUUCAGAGUCAAUAGUGUAGCUCGGUGAGAGAAGGAGCAAAAGAAGAAGAUGGGAUGGAAUGGAAGAGUAUUGACAGUGCAGAUUAGAUUGGUCAGUCGGAACGAGAAGAAGAAGAAGAGGAAGAAGGAGAUGGUCAAUAUGGAAAUGGGGAAUGAUAAUGUGUGGGGGCUAUCAUCCCAGGGAGCCCACAGUAACCUAUGCCACGUCGUCACACUUUUCCCACAGUAAUCCUCGCGAAACAUGCGCUGAUCUGAUCCUUUGCCAAGCAUCGAAGCAUGCUGUGAUCAUGCGCGGAUAAUCGUCCUUGUGCCUCCUUCCUCUUCUUCCUCUUCUUCUCAAUAUGACGAUCCUCAAUUGAAUAUAUAUAACAGGCGUGCAAAACGGUAUUACAAUGAAAUGCGGCCGCCCGUCGCCUCCUUCUUGCCAGGUUUUUUUGCCUGCCAACCGCCCUUGACUAUCUCUUCCAAAGUCUUUUGGCCGAAAUCUUAUUGUGGUUGGCGGGGGGGGAACACGUUCUGAUCGGGAAGGAAACGGGGUGCUAAUUGAAACUGGCGAGAAAGUGCGGGAAAAGGAGAGACGUAGAGAAUGGCUAUUUGGGCAAACUGGCGAUGGAUACUGGUAAUAAUUAGUAGAAGAAAGGCACAAGAAGCACUUUUCGAAAAGGAAUGUAGAGGGAAAAGGAAAGAACUUCACGCAAAAUUCAAAAUCGAACACUAUUGCCACGUCAUCUUCAUACACUUUCAAUUAGUUUCGAAAGAUUCAGAAGGGAAAUCUAAAAUCCACUCGGCCAAUUGACUUUCAAGUAUUUUGGAUAUACAAGUGGCAUCGCGUCUUCAAGUGUAUUCUAUAGUCUAUUUUCCAGAAAGAAAACGCCGACGGCGUCAAAGGACAAUCAUUUUCGCUGGUCGUUUCGGGGCCCAAAAAGUCGAGAGCCACGCUGGAGAUUCAGGUGAGACAGACAGAGAUUACGGUAGUGUCACGUCAUAACUCUUCAGGUGGUAGAUGUGAACGAUAACGUCCCGCUCUUCUACAAUACUCCGUCGUCUUUCGAACUGUCCGAAAACGCUGAAAUUGGAUCGGAAGUCUUCAAAAUCAGCACAAGAGACCCGGACACUGGAAUUUCAGGCAUUUCCAGGUUUUCAAUUGAGGUAAAGCUCUUUGUAUACUCCUGAAAUACCUGAAAACUAUGCAUUUUUAAGGGUGACGAAAGUUUCUCGGUAGACAAGCGUAAAUGUGGAAAUGGCAAGUGCUCGACCACUCUUCGGGUCGCCAAACAACUGGAUUUUGAAAGGUUAGUGUUUACAUCUGAUUGACACGUUUUCCGCCGUGCCCUCGGUAGUAUGUAGUGUUGAGUAUUCGUGUCUGUCACAUGCAAGACUCGGGUCCACUUCCCAGACGGGGAGAAAUCUUUUUGGCCAUUCUAAUGUGUCCUCUCAUUCAGCAAACCAAUCCACACAUUCAAUAUCACCGCAAAAGAUGGAGACCCUCACUCGAAUCGAACUCAUACCGUCACUCACACAGUCACAAUUCACUUGAAAAACGAGAACGAGUGAGUAUAAUUGAAAUUCAGAAUCUUCAAAUAACUAACAAAUUUUCAGCGAGCCUCCGAAGUUCACCACCGACCUCACGAAAGUGUUCGCAGUUCCGAGCAGUGCGAAAAUUGGAGGUGUCAUCACUAAAGUUGCUGCAGAAGACGUGGAAAAAUCAGAAAUCUCCUAUUCCAUCUCUGAAAAUGCCAACUUUGAAAUCGAUUCGAAAACUGGAGAACUCAAACUGAAACAGAUGCCACAACAAGGUGAACUGGUUACUGUAGAGGUUACGGUAAGUGUUGGUGACUCUGAGAUUUUGGCACUGAGAUUACUGUACUUUGAUUCAGGCCAGCGAAGUAGGGGAAAACGGGAAAAGUGUGAAAAGCGAUAUGAGGCUGAAAUUGUCGGAAGAAGCGGUUGUGGAGGAGAAAAACAUUAUUCAAGAGAAGCCGUCUGAGAAUCAAUUCUGCGAAUUUCCCAUUUACGAAGCCCGUUUGGUCCAGGGAACUGGACUGUUUGAAGUUCCCGUCCACAUCAAGACUUUGAGCCCGACUACCGAAAAAAUUCGGUUAAUCGGUGGAUCUGAUAGCUUUGAUCUCCAGGUGUCCGGUGAAAAUCAACUGGAGUUAAAGGUGGUGGAUGCCCAGAAGGUCGCUGCUCAGAAUUUGGAUAAUGCUCAACUUCUCGUUAGUUUAAGCUUUAUCUCAGUUGUUAUAAAUCUUCAAUUUCAGGUGAAAUCAACCACAGGCCAAUGCCGAAUCGUACUUCGAUCUGUGGCUGCUCCAACUAAAAACGCCUCGGUUCCACAGAAAGCGAAAACGAUUCCAAAGUUUGAGCAAGCUGUUUAUGAGCUGAGCGUCCAAGAGAACCGUGAGCCAACGGUGCUCGGGAAAGUGAAAAUGCUGCUCAGUUCCGGACCAGUCACCUAUGAAUUACUCGGGGAACACGCCGAGAAGUUCUCCGUUUCGAAUGGAGGAGAGAUUCAGAACAGAGAGCAAGUGGAUCGGGAGGAGAACUCAAAGUACGAGUUGGUUGUGAAGGCGACAGAUCAAAAUGGUUAGUUUCUAGUAAUUUAGCUUAGAAAGUACGCGAUCCUUCAGGUGCUUCUGCAAAAGCUCAACUGAUAAUUGUGGUGAAAGAUGAGAACGACAACUCUCCGAUCUUCGAAAAGGAUCACUUUGUGAUAAAUAUUGACGAGGGGAAGAGCGAGAAAGUCAAGAUUUCGGUAAGCGAGGCAUAUUUAGUAAAUAUAGUACAUUCACUUUUUUAGGCCAUCGACGCAGAUGAAGGUAGAAACGGACAAAUCAGCUAUUCCAUUCAAGAGAAAGGAGAUCUGCCAGUUGAUAUUUCCGACGGAGUUCUGUUCAUUGGAGCAAUUGAUCGAGAAUCGAUGACGUCGAACGAGGUGAACUUGACUGUAACUGCCAGUGAUCACGGAGAACCACCGCGGAGCAGCAGUGCAAUUGUCGCUAUUCGAGUUAAGGUGAGCAACGAGAAUAUUAUAGUAGCUGUAUAAUAUUAGUCUAGGACAUCAACGACAACGCGCCGAUCUUCUCGAACUCUCGCUACUCGAUCGUUCUUGAUGCGAACAUCUCCCCCGGCGGAAUUGUUGGAAAAGUUCUGGCUGAAGAUUCAGAUGCCACGUCACCAAACAAUUAUAUUCACUACUCGAGUCGAGACCCUCAAUUCAAGAUAACCGACGAGGGAGAGAUCGUGUUCAUCGGUCCCGGAACACUGCAAAAAGACCGUUAUCUGGAGUUCAAUGUGAGUGGAACCGACGGAGGAGAGCCCGCGAACACUGCCACGGCGGUCAUAGUGCUGAAUGAGCACAAACACAAGGCGAACAGUGUCCAGAAUGAGUUGACGACCCAGAUCAACAGCAAUGACACUAUGGAACGGUCGGAGAUUAAGUGGUUGAACGCAGGAAUGCCUGGAUACUCGUACGAAAUAAUUAAGGCUACUGCCGAAGAAUUCAGGGACGAAGAAGUUAUGACGUGGAUUGGAAUUGAUAGAAGGUCGGGACGAAUCGAGACGUUGGCACGGAUAGACCCGGAUAAAGUGAGACAAAUCAAAUUGUACAUAAGUAUGCGCAAAGGGAAACGGGAAGUGCCUGUCGAGUUGAUAAUCAAUGUGAUGGACACGGAUGACGUCACACCGAUCUACAGUAAACCAACAGUAACCCGGAAAUUUGCCACUUCCGAAUCAGUUACAGUUGGCACGACGAUCGGGGCCAUGCCAGCGGAAGGAGUGAAACCGGAGGACGGUAUCAAGUAAGUUCAUACUUUCACUUGGCAGCACUUGUGAUCCCACUAACAUCCAGAUAUUCCCUUAAAAUAACAUCCGGUCCCAAAGGCAAGCUUCAAAUUGACAACUUCGGAGCAAUUCGGAUCAUUCGAGCAUUGGAUCACGAGAAAGAGCGGAAGAUUCAAGGACUUGUUGAAGCUCAUUUGGAGCCGAACAAGACUGCGCACGCCCCUUUCCUACUAACCAUUUCUGAUGCUAACGAUAACCGGUCUCCGUUAACUUCUCAAAUUUGCAAACUUCAACGGUUUCUUUCAGACCAAUCUUCAAAAACGCGUCAAUCUUCGCCACCUUCAUCAACGAGGAUUCCGUGCUGGGUACUGUACUCGAUCUACCGUAUCCGUUGGCCACUGAUUUGGACAGUGGAAAGUUCGCGAGACUUCGAUACAGUAUGACCGGGGAUGAAGGAUUCUUUAAGAUAGAUCAAGGGUAUUCAACUCUGUUCAAAUGCAAUAAUAACAACGUUUUUAUGUUUCCAGAAACUCCACAAUCCGUCUGGUUGCCCCCUUGGAUUUCGAGACCCAACGUGUGCAUUCGCUGAGUAUCAAGUGCGUGGAUAAUGACGGCGAAGCUCCCUACCACGAAGUCUUCGCGUCAGUCACUGUGAACGUCAUCGAUGUGAACGACAACGAUCCGAUCAUUCACAACACUGAUCUGACGCAUUUGAGCAUCGGAGAGGAAGCGGUUGCGGGUACUGUAGUCACCGCACUCGUCGUCUCCGAUGCUGACGACGGAGGGAAGCAGCAGCUGAACGUCAAUGUGAACUCGACAAUGUUCCGAGUUGAUGACUCGCUCAAACUGCUGGUGGCUGCUCCGCUCAAAGGAUACGCUGGCCAGCGACUCUGCUCGACUGUGACCGCCCGUGAUUCAGGCAAUCGGUUUGCGACGUCGCCGUACUGUGUGACUGUAUAUCCGGCAAAGAACACUCACCACAAUCCACUUGUGAUCUCUCCGAAGCAGAACUCAAUUCACUACUUCGACGAGAACAUUGUGUACGAGGAGCUUCUCAAGGUAAAAGUGCUCGAGGAAGAGGGAGAGAGAACGAAUGUCACUUUCCGACUGGAUGAGAUGUUCAAGAAGGACUGGCAAAUGUUCAGUAUCGGAGAGACCAACGGCAGUCUGAGGGCUCGGGCUCCGUUCGACUUUGAGAAGAAAACAGUUCAUGAGAUCAAGAUUCUGGCGUGCUGCGUGGACAACUGCACUUCCACACAUCUCUUCAUUUCUGUCAACGAUCGAAACGACAACUGUCCGAUGUUUCCGAAGCAAGAUGUGCGUCUUACUGUACUUGAAAACGAAAAAGGAAAGCGACAAGUCGGACGGAUCCCAGCUGCUUUGGACUCUGACUUCCAUUCGGACAAUACAAAAGUCUGCUACACUUCCGACGCGCCCAUUUUCUUCUUCUCCGAUCCCACACUCCCCAUCCUCUACACCAAUUCGAGCUUCGAUCGGGAGCACAAAAAACAACACCAGAUCACAAUAACUGCCUAUGACUGUCAUCUUUCGUGUCGAGACCCACACAAGCCAAUUAACGGAACGAUCGUUGCGCUGAUCGACGUGAUCGAUGUGAAUGAUAAUUUCCCGAAGUUUGCCGAAAAGAUCUACAGCACGACGAUUGUGCAGGGGCAAGUGACCGCCGGAAGUCAUAUUCUGACGGUGACGGCGACGGAUGCGGACGAGGAACUGGACGGACUCAAGUACAGUAUCCGAGGAUUCGUUCGCUCGCCCACACAAACAUUCACACCCACCGAGUCCCCGAUUUCCAUUGACAAGACGACCGGAGAAGUCACGGCGAACGAGCUGCUCAAGGACUCUUCCUACUCGUUCACGGUGGUCGUCGUGGAUGGAGCAGGGCAUGAGGAUACCACUUCCGUUAUGGUAUGGUAUUCUAAAUUUUCGUGUGUUUCAUUGGCGAUUUUCUUUAUGUACUCGUUGUGUUUAGUAUUGUUGUAUUGACGCAAUUGCUUCUUAGGUGACCCUUUGUCAAAACUCCUGGUACACAUUGAUUGGUUUGUUCUAAAUUCGCAAUACAUAAUCUUUCGUUUCAGGUCUCCGUAGUCACGUACGCCCAGCAAACAGAGUUGGUGUUCGAUGCUCCAUUCGAGUUGAUUAUCAAGAAUGAAAAGAAGAUUGCUGAGUAAGUUUUCGUACUCGUAAAAACUCUCAAAAUGAUCUCAUUCUACAGUAACCUCUCAAAUGCCACCGGGCUUCAAACCAUUGUGGACAAGUGCCGACAAAACUCGAAUUUCACACUGAUGCUCGUUCAUUUUAUGGAUCGAGACGGUCAGUUUGUCAAUGUCGACCGAGCCGUGAAUCUUCUGAUGACAUCUUCGGCCGAGUCUCGAAGCGAGCUCCGAAGUAUCUAUGGCCUGCGAGAAGCAUUUCCGCCUGUGCCGAUUCCUUCCAAACUUCCUCAAUAUAUUGCGGUGAGAACGAAAAACUAUGAAAUUUUUUGUAAAAAUGCGAAAUUUACAGAUUGCCGUCCUUCUUUUCUUCGCAAUAUUUAUACUUUCUCUGUGCAUUUGGUGUCGACAACGAAACAAUUACGAGCGGAAACUUCGGCACAUCUCUGCGCAAGCUUCAACAGUUCAUACAGUCACACUGGGAAGGCCCAACCAGAAGUAUGUUCAUUCAGUGGCACAAAUUGAAUAUUCCGAUUUUGCAGAGGAAAUCCGGGAUAUGGCGAAAUCGCGAUUGCCACGCGGCAUCAUCCGCCCCCGGCCCCACCGCCUCCUUCUUCUGGAAGUGUAAAUUUGCAAUCAACAGAAUUAUAA